GGGCCGGGCCCGAGCGGGGAGUGGGCGGUGGGUCGGUGCAGCAGCUCCGCCGCGGCUCCGCCACCAUCGCGGAGGUACCGUUGCUUCCACAGACGCUCGUGAGCAAGCCUCCGCGCUUCGGAGCCUCCUCAGCCUCCCGCACAUCCCGAGACGCUCGCCCCGCUGGGCCUCGGUCCCCGCCUCCUCCCCCGUCCUUUUCCCCUCUCGCUCCCCAUAUUGUCUCUGCCUCAUUUUCUCUCCUAGUUGAGGAUUAAAAAAAAGAAAAUCACCAUCAUCCUUAGGGAGCCCCCUCGCCCUCGGAAAACAAAACCAGACAUGAUCCUGGGCUCCCGCUUCUGAAAGAUCUGCCCGACCGAGGAGGAGGGAGCCUAGGUUCAAGUCGCAGGAAAGGUCACGGCAGGGAAGCCCCCUCAGCCCCUCCGCGUCGCCUCCCCGCGGGCCGCCCCUCUCGGCCCUGCGCCCCGCGGCCCCGCAGACUCCGCGCGGCCUCCCGCCCCAUCCCCGCCACUUUCCCCGGAGCUGGGCCGCGAACACCUCUCUGUUGAUGGUGUAGCGCUUUAGGGGAAGGAGGUGAUUGUCUAGGAGUAACUGUAUGUGCGCUCAGCACCGGGUCACAACCACCGUGGGAUCCACUUACAGAGAAGAUUUGUGGAGAGCUUCAGCCUGUUUAUGGUUUUACUGAGAAAGGAAUUGUGGCCGUUUGAUAUAAUUCUGGACGGAAGACCUCUUAUUUGUAUUACAUUGAAUUAGAGCAUUUUUGAAACGUUGGGGUUGUUGGAGUGGUUGGAUUUUCCCUGGAAUUGAGUGAGAAAUUCAGAAGACUGAAGCCCAGGCUUACUGUCUACCUUUCACGGAGGCCUAGCCGUGAGAGGACAGAAGAAGGCACGUGGCGAAUCAUGACAGCGGACAAAGACAAAGACAAAGACAAAGAGAAGGACCGGGACCGAGACCGGGACCGAGAGAGAGAGAAAAGAGACAAAGCAAGAGAGAGUGAGAAUUCAAGGCCACGCCGGAGCUGUACCUUAGAAGGAGGAGCCAAAAAUUAUGCUGAGAGUGAUCACAGUGAAGACGAGGACAAUGACAACAAUAGUGCCACCGCAGAGGAGUCCACGAAGAAGAACAAGAAGAAACCACCGAAAAAAAAGUCUCGUUAUGAAAGGACAGAUACCGGCGAGAUAACAUCCUACAUCACUGAAGAUGAUGUGGUCUACAGACCAGGAGACUGUGUGUAUAUCGAGAGUCGGAGGCCAAACACACCGUAUUUCAUCUGUAGCAUUCAAGACUUCAAACUGGUCCACAACUCCCAGGCCUGUUGCAGAUCUCCAACUCCUGCUUUGUGUGACCCCCCAGCAUGCUCUCUGCCGGUGGCAUCACAGCCACCACAGCAUCUUUCUGAAGCCGGGAGAGGGCCUGUAGGGAGUAAGAGGGACCAUCUCCUCAUGAACGUCAAAUGGUACUACCGUCAAUCUGAGGUUCCAGAUUCUGUGUAUCAGCAUUUGGUUCAGGAUCGACAUAAUGAAAAUGACUCUGGAAGAGAACUUGUCAUUACAGACCCAGUUAUCAAGAACCGAGAGCUCUUCAUUUCUGAUUACGUUGACACUUACCAUGCUGCUGCCCUUAGAGGGAAGUGUAACAUCUCCCAUUUUUCUGACAUAUUUGCUGCUAGAGAGUUCAAAGCCCGAGUGGAUUCAUUUUUCUACAUAUUAGGAUAUAACCCUGAGACAAGGAGGCUGAACAGUACCCAGGGGGAGAUUCGUGUUGGUCCUAGUCAUCAGGCCAAACUUCCAGAUCUGCAACCAUUUCCUUCUCCGGAUGGUGAUACAGUGACCCAACAUGAGGAACUGGUCUGGAUGCCUGGAGUUAACGACUGUGACCUCCUUAUGUACUUGAGGGCAGCAAGGAGCAUGGCAGCAUUUGCAGGGAUGUGUGAUGGAGGCUCUACAGAAGACGGCUGUGUCGCAGCCUCUCGGGAUGACACCACUCUGAAUGCGCUGAACACACUGCACGAAAGCGGUUACGAUGCUGGCAAAGCCCUGCAGCGCCUGGUGAAGAAGCCUGUGCCCAAGCUCAUCGAGAAGUGCUGGACCGAGGACGAAGUGAAACGCUUCGUUAAGGGACUCAGGCAGUACGGGAAGAACUUCUUCAGAAUUAGAAAGGAGCUGCUUCCCAAUAAGGAAACAGGGGAGCUGAUCACCUUCUAUUACUAUUGGAAGAAGACCCCCGAAGCAGCCAGCUCCCGAGCCCAUCGUAGGCACCGCAGGCAGGCCGUGUUCAGGAGGAUUAAGACUCGCACUGCGUCCACACCCGUUAACACACCCUCCAGACCCCCGUCCAGUGAAUUCUUGGACCUAAGUUCAGCCAGUGAAGAUGACUUCGACAGUGAGGACAGCGAGCAGGAGCUGAAGGGGUACGCCUGCCGCCACUGCUUCACCACCACCUCUAAAGAUUGGCACCACGGAGGCCGGGAGAACAUCCUGCUUUGCACCGACUGUCGCAUCCACUUCAAGAAAUACGGCGAGCUCCCGCCCAUUGAGAAGCCCGUGGACCCGCCACCGUUUAUGUUCAAACCCGUCAAGGAAGAGGAUGAUGGGCUCAGUGGGAAGCAUAGCAUGAGGACACGGCGGAGUCGGGGCUCGAUGUCGACACUACGCAGUGGUCGGAAGAAGCAGCCAGCCAGCCCUGAUGGUCGCACCUCACCCAUCAAUGAAGACAUCCGCUCCAGCGGCCGGAACUCCCCCAGCGCUGCCAGCACCUCCAGCAAUGACAGUAAAGCAGAGACAGUGAAGAAGUCGGCCAAGAAGGUGAAGGAGGAAGCCUCUUCCCCUCUUAAGAGUAACAAACGCCAGCGGGAGAAGGUGGCCUCUGAUACGGAGGAGGCUGACAGGACCAGCUCCAAGAAGACAAAAACGCAGGAGAUCAGCAGGCCCAACUCGCCAUCUGAAGGUGAGGGAGAGAGUUCAGACAGUCGCAGCGUCAACGAUGAGGGUAGCAGUGACCCCAAAGACAUCGACCAGGACAAUCGCAGCACGUCCCCGAGCAUCCCCAGCCCCCAGGACAAUGAGAGUGACUCGGACUCAUCAGCCCAGCAGCAGAUGCUGCAGGCCCAGCCCCCAGCCUUGCAGGCGCCCACUGGGGUCACCCCAGCUCCCUCCUCAGCUCCUCCAGGGACCCCUCAGCUGCCCACGCCAGGGCCCACGCCCUCUGCCACUGCAGUUCCCCCACAGGGCUCCCCCACGGCCUCCCAGGCCCCUAACCAGCCGCAGGCUCCCACAGCGCCUGUUCCCCACACCCACAUCCAACAGGCACCGGCCCUGCACCCCCAGCGGCCGCCCUCACCGCAUCCCCCACCGCAUCCCUCGCCACAUCCCCCACUGCAGCCUCUGACUGGGUCGACGGGCCAGCCCUCUGCACCCUCUCAUGCCCAGCCCCCCCUGCACAGUCAGGGCCCACCCGGCCCUCACAGCCUGCAGACUGGGCCCCUGCUGCAGCACCCAGGCCCCCCACAGCCCUUUGGCCUCCCUCCCCAGGCCUCCCAAGGCCAGGCGCCUCUGGGGACCUCCCCAGCAGCAGCGCACCCUCACACCUCCCUGCAGCUGCCAGCCUCUCAGUCAGCGCUGCAGUCCCAACAGCCUCCACGGGAGCAGCCCCUGCCACCAGCGCCCUUGGCCAUGCCCCACAUCAAGCCCCCGCCGACCACUCCCAUCCCCCAGCUGCCGGCGCCACAGGCCCACAAGCACCCUCCCCACCUCUCGGGGCCCUCACCCUUCUCCAUGAAUGCCAACCUGCCGCCCCCUCCAGCCCUGAAGCCCCUGAGCUCCCUGUCCACACACCACCCCCCGUCGGCUCACCCCCCACCCCUGCAACUCAUGCCUCAGAGCCAGCCAUUGCCCUCCUCGCCCGCCCAGCCCCCCGGACUGACCCAGAGCCAGAACCUGCCCCCGCCUCCUGCCUCCCACCCCCCUACAGGCCUCCACCAGGUGGCCCCCCAACCCCCAUUUGCUCAGCAUCCCUUUGUCCCUGGAGGCCCUCCUCCCAUCACCCCUCCGACCUGCCCCUCCACCUCUACCCCACCGGCGGGACCUGGCACCUCGGCCCAGCCACCCUGCUCUGGUGCGGUGGCUUCAGGAGGCAGCAUAGCGGGGGGGUCGUCCUGCCCAGUCCCCACCGUCCAGAUCAAGGAGGAGGCUCUGGACGACGCUGAGGAGCCUGAGAGCCCCCCUCCGCCACCAAGGAGCCCAUCCCCUGAGCCCACUGUGGUGGACACCCCCAGUCACGCCAGCCAGUCAGCUAGGUUCUACAAACACCUGGACCGGGGCUACAACUCGUGUGCCCGGACAGACCUGUACUUCAUGCCUCUGGCCGGGUCCAAGCUGGCCAAGAAGAGGGAGGAGGCCAUUGAGAAGGCCAAACGCGAGGCUGAGCAGAAAGCCCGAGAGGAGCGAGAGCGGGAGAAGGAAAAGGAGAAGGAGCGGGAGCGGGAGCGAGAGCGGGAGCGCGAGGCAGAGCGGGCGGCUAAGGCGUCCAGCUCAGCGCAUGAAGGUCGCCUCAGUGACCCCCAGCUCAGUGGUCCUGGCCACAUGCGGCCAUCCUUCGAGCCACCACCAACCACCAUUGCUGCCGUGCCCCCCUACAUCGGGCCCGACACACCUGCACUUCGGACUCUGAGCGAGUACGCCCGGCCCCACGUCAUGUCGCCCACCAACCGCAACCACCCCUUCUACAUGCCCCUUAACCCCACGGACCCCCUGCUGGCCUACCACAUGCCUGGCCUCUACAACGUCGACCCCACCAUCCGCGAGCGGGAGCUCCGGGAGCGGGAGAUCCGAGAGCGGGAGAUCCGGGAGCGGGAGCUGCGGGAGAGGAUGAAGCCGGGCUUCGAGGUGAAGCCCCCAGAGCUGGACCCCCUGCACCCAGCCGCCAACCCCAUGGAGCACUUUGCCCGGCACAGCGCCCUCACCAUCCCCCCGACCGCCGGGCCCCACCCUUUUGCUUCUUUCCACCCGGGCCUGAACCCCUUGGAGAGGGAGAGACUGGCCCUGGCGGGCCCCCAGCUGCGGCCCGAGAUGAGCUACCCUGACAGACUGGCAGCCGAGCGUAUCCACGCAGAGCGCAUGGCAUCGCUGACCAGCGACCCCCUGGCCCGACUGCAGAUGUUCAACGUGACUCCACACCAUCACCAGCACUCUCACAUUCACUCCCACCUCCACCUCCACCAGCAGGACCCCCUCCACCAAGAUCUUAGAAGAGCUCAGCAUCCACUACCAUCACGGUUUUGCUGUAUCACAGUCUCUCCUCGGCCCCGCAGCUCUCCAGAACUGCAAGGCCUCAGACAGCUGCAGCACACGGGUUCAGCAGGCCCCGUUCACCCGCUGGUCGACCCACUGACUGCCGGCCCCCACCUGGCUCGCUUCCCCUACCCGCCUGGCACUCUCCCCAACCCUCUGCUUGGACAGCCCCCCCACGAGCACGAGAUGCUUCGCCAUCCAGUUUUCGGCACCCCGUACCCCCGAGACCUGCCUGGGGCCAUCCCACCCCCGAUGUCAGCAGCCCACCAGCUGCAGGCCAUGCACGCCCAGUCGGCUGAGCUGCAGAGACUGGCCAUGGAGCAGCAGUGGCUGCAUGGACACCCCCACAUGCAUGGUGGCCACCUACCAAGUCAGGAAGAUUAUUACAGUCGACUGAAGAAAGAAGGUGACAAGCAGUUAUAAGUUAUUUAUUUGUUAACGCUGGCUGUGGAAACCCCAGUUCUUGGGGGGAGAAACAGGACUUUUUACAUACAAUAGGAGCUGCAAAAGCAAAAAGAAUAUCUUCUAAAGAUUUCUUUAUAUAUUUAAAAACCCGCAACUAAAAAUGUAUCCACAUAAUAGUGUUCGUUUGUCGAGAGGAUUUCCUGAGACUGUUUUGGAUCUCCCUGCAUGACAGUCCCCCAGAAACUUAGUGAGUCCUGGACUGGACUGAACAUCCAGAAAGCUUCCCUACAAUCUUGGGGUUUGGCUUUGGUUUUCUUUUCCUUGAUUUCUCAGUAGGUGCUAGAAUCCAGUUCACACCCUUCACUGUGCGUGCAGACACACUGACACACUCCGCCACGAGUGCACCAGAGCCCACGAGGCUUGCAGAUCGGGGGCAUAGGAAUUUGGAAUCCAAGAGCUAUAAUUUUUAAAAAAAUCUUUUAUUUUAAUACAUUGUAGGAGAUCUUCAUAAUUUGAGAAAGUUCUGCAGCAUGGCUUUUUACGUCUGUAAAUAAAUAAUUUUAGAACAGCCUUUUUUUUCUUCCAUAAACUACUAUUGUGAUCUAUUUUUUCCAGCCAUGUCACUAAUUGUGAAUUCCUACCAACUAUUGACAAUACAGAGUUGAUUUUUUAAUAAAAAGUUAUAUAUAAUUAUCCCUUUAAUUAAAGGGAGCAAAGGGGCGUUCCACAUGGACAGAGGCUUGGACCGAGGCCUGGUCACAGCAGUGAGCAUCCAGGGUUUGCAGGGACGAUGUUACAGACUCUGUUUUCUGCCUUGCGCUUCACUUGUGUCUGCUCCUAGCCUGUGCUCUGCCAGCAGUGCAGACAUCUGCUCCAUCAGACCUCUUCCAUUUCGCACAGGGAGUGCAGGAGGUGAAUGUUCACUUUCUGUUCUCCAGUGUCACUGUUCUGUUUCCACAGGAUGGAAAGCGCAUGGGCCUGUGUCCAUUGUAGAUUUCCUUCUAGAUUUCUAUGUACACACACUUGAUUGUUCUGGAUGAAUGUCUUUUUUAAUACUCCGAAAAUUUCAUCAUCUAAGAAAAUGAUUGCAUACAAAUAACUCAGCACACGAGUGACCCAGGACAUAUGCCUGCCAAAGGUAUCUGUUAGAAGGCUGCCCUCUCAUGCGCUUUGUCACUUGGAUCUUGUGGUGAGGACGGCCCCGUCUUUCUUGCCACAGAUUGAGGCCACUUUUGAGCAAGGGAGAUCUUGGAGUUAAGACAGGUUGAGGGCAGCCUGUAUUUUACCCUAGGGGCGGGUCUGUAUGGUGACCCCACGUCGCACUGGUAAACCAUUUGAGUCCCACUGUUCAUCCUGGAAGUGGGAACUGGAGUCCCACCCACAGUGCAGUCAGAAAGCAGGCUGCGUGGGGGCCGCUUCUCAGGAGGCCAGGCCCUUCUGAGCAGAACCGUCCUGGAGAGAGCCUGCCCUCCUUUCCAGGCCGCAGCCGUAAUGCACUUUCUCCCAGGCUAAGGGCGGGUGUUCUGGGGUGUCUGUCCUCUGUCGGCCCUGCUUCCUGCCAGGACGUGGCCUGUUCCGAUCCUUUUCUCUCAGACACUUGAUGGCUCUUCUGCCAUUGUGCUGGUCCCAUCCCGAGAAUUGUAGGACAAAGAGACCACACUGGGUCGGUGGACACAAAGUCCACCCAGGACCCAGGCUGCAGAGGGAGCAGGAAGAGAUGCUGAUAGUUUGAUCUAGAAACCAGCAGGUACUGGCUCAAAUUCAGGUUCUGGAGUCAAAUAGGGGCAUUUCCAGUUUCUCUUAAAAACCGUGUUUGGUUUCAGUUGGGAUAGGAUUGUUUUGUCUGUUGAAAAUGUUUCUAGUUUUUUUUUCUUUCAUUUUUCUCUCAUUCCAUUUCUGCCUUAACUUUAGUUUCUUAACGGGGAGGCAAAGCUCACAUUAACCUUUUGUCAUGGGACUUCAGCCACAUUGGCUUGGAGGCAUUCGUUUCCUCCUGGGGUGGGGACAGGCCCUCGUGGCAGGCUUGUUCCCCGUGGCUCUGAGUGAGGCCUCUUCCUGCUGGGCUCCCAGACGCCUGGAUCCAGGCCCCCACCUUCUCGGCUUUUGGUUUUUCUUUCUUUUUGGUAGAACACAACAUCUACCAUUCAGUUAAACCUUCUUUAUCUCCUCCUCUGGCAUCCAUUUUUCCAAAGAAGAGUCGAGUCCUCUGAGGUCUGUGCUUGAAAGCCGUCCGAAGGCAUUCUCGUUAGCUUUGCUUUUCUGCCCGUAUCCCAAGGCGAAGCACUGAGGUUCUUCCAUCUAAAAAACCCUCGACCCAAAACCCUCACCAGAUAAACUACAGUUUGUUUAGGAGGCCCUGACCUUCACGGUGUCUUUGAAGCCCAACCACUUGGUUUCCUUCGGGUUUUCCUCCCUUUGUUCGGGGUUUGGUUUGGCUCCUCUGUGUGUGUCCGUAUCUUGUUCUGUGUCCUCGAGGUUGAGCUUCACUCCACUGCAGCAGAGGCAGCGUGCACACUCGGAUUUGCUACGUUUCUAUAUAUCUUGAAGCUAAAUGUAUAUAUGAGUAGUUUGCCAUGAGAUAACACAGUGUAAACAGUAGACACCCAGAAAUCGUGACUUCUGUGUUCUCUCCAUUUGAGUAUUUUGUAAUUUUUUUGAAAUAUUUGUGGACAUAAAUAAAACCAAGCUACACUACAA